GACCCGGAAGUGACCACCACCACAACAACACAGCAGCAGCCAGCAGGGCAGCCAGCCUUCAGAACUACAGACGUUUACAUCAUUAUUCAGCCUUAAACAGACCCGAACAUGGCUCAGAAAAUAAACGAAGCACAUGAGCACAUCGCCAAGGCCGAGAAAUAUUUGAAGACAAGUUUUAUGAAGUGGAAACCGGAUUAUGACAGUGCUGCCUCAGAGUAUGCAAAAGCAGCUGUGGCUUUCAAAAAUGCCAAACAACUUGAAGAGGCAAAGGAAGCUUACUUACAGGAAGCAGAGGCCCAUACCAACAACAGAACACUUUUCCAUGCUGCAAAAGCCCUGGAGCAAGCAGGAAUGAUGCUUAAGGACAUGCAAAGACUACCAGAGGCAAUUCAGUACAUAGAGAAAGCCAGCAUGAUGUAUGUAGAGAAUGGUACACCAGAUACUGCUGCCAUGGCUCUCGACAGAGCAGGAAAGUUGAUAGAACCAGUGGACUUAUCCAAAGCUGUGGAUCUCUAUGAGAGAGCUGCAUCAGUGUUUGAGAAUGAGGAACGAUUGCGACAGGCUGUGGAGCUGCUUGGCAAAGCAUCUCGACUUCUCGUCAGACAGAAGAAGUUUGAUGAAGCAGCAGUGUCAAUACAGAAGGAGAAGAACAUGUAUAGAGACAUAGAAAAUUACCCAACCUGUUUUAAGAAAACCAUUGCACAAGUGCUCGUGCACUUACACAGAGGAGAUUAUGUAGCAGCAGACAAGUGUGUGAGGGAGAGCUAUAGUAUCCCAGGGUUCAGUGGGAGUGAGGACUGUGUAGCUUUGGAGCAGUUGUUACAGGGAUAUGACCAGCAAGAUGAAGACCAAGUGUCCCGAGUGUGUAACUCACCACUGUUCAAGUACAUGGACAAUGACUACGCUAAGCUGGCACUGUCUCUGAAUGUUCCCGGAGGAGGAAAGAAGAAGAAAGCUGCUGCUUCUGGAGAUGGAGGAGUGAAUGGCGGAGCUAACAGGCCUGAGGAAGAUGAUGAUGAGUAUGCAGGAGGACUCUGUUAGUUGCUCUGAUUGCUGACCUCAGACCAGUGUUCUUUGUCAUCCACAGGACGUCACUUUCCAGUACUGUACAUCCGGCUGUUGUAAACUUCAUUUUUGUUUUAUGCCUUUUUGCGUAGCUUUAAAGCUCCAUCAGAAUUUACAGAAGUAAGUGUGGUUUUGGGACAUUUAGCACUGGAUUUGGCUUCAACACCAACAACUAGCCUUCCAGUUGUUGUGAUUCUUGACUGGAGCUUUAAGGCUUUUAGAACGGGAAGCUGGUUGUAGGUCAGCAUAAAAAGGCAGCUUCCAUUUAAGAGUGUAGUUUUUGUUACUGCACACCAGCGCCUUUAUCACAGUUACUGGAGGGCACAUUCUCCAUUCCUUCGCAUGGCUGAACUGCCUUACCAAGUACUAGUACUAAACACCUAUUGCCUGCUGCCCACAAACAGAGUCUGCUAUAUUUCAUCAUCACAGUGAUGAUUUACAUUUGUCAUUCGCUUUUGACAUUGUUUUUCUGGGCUUUAAAUUAUGCAGGAGAGAGUAUGAUGCUCUAAACACACAAAAAAUUAAAUGAAUCCUGCAGAAGGAAAAGAAUAAAAGUUCAGGACAUAACUUAUGGUGUUAUAUCCAUAUACUAGUAUUUAUAAUAUCAUUGUAAAUGUAUAUAGAAUCCAAACUGAAUUACUAUUCCUGGGCUGGAUUCACAAAAGCGUCUUAAGAAAGAAUUUGUUUUUUUUUUAACUUUUCUUUGUAGAUAAAUCCUAAGAACAAUUGGUAUUUAUAAGAAAAUAUGUUUAUAACUUUAUGAUGGUCUAUUUACGAAGAGCUGUAACAUGAAGCAUAAAGGUCAUUAUCUCAUAAGAUAUUGUAAAAAAAGUAAAUAAGAUUAUUAUUAUUAUCAUUGUGAAUUAGGCCAUUGAUUCUUCUUUAAAUUUUGUAGUUUUUAGUUCAUUGUACAUUUUCUUUUUCAGAAAGCUUUUGUGAAUCUGGCCCCUGAAUUUGUCAUUCUGGUAAACUGAUAAUAACACUUAUCAUCCAGCAUUUUUAAAGGCGUUAGGCAGUUGUUACACACUAAAUCAACGGACCCUUCUUUGAUGGGACCUUGUUAUUUGAUUGUUAUGAAAUAUUGUGUGAAAGCUUGAUUUAUUCAGAUUCUUCCUGAUUUCUAUGAUUAUUAUAUAGAUCAUUUAGUGUUUCAUUAUUGUUUUAAUGAUGUUCUAAGCAAAAUGAAAACAUAUAUGGUUUUCAGGCAGUGAUUUUAUUCAUUUACUUGUUUUGUAAUGUAAUUCAAAAUCUGAAAACUGAUUUACUUCUACUUCAUCAAACAACUGUGCCUGAACUUUUGAAAAAUGUAAAAAUAGUCAAGGGAAUGCAUGAACUGCCUUCAUACUUAUGUUCUUAAUUUAUUCAGUUCUUCUUGCUCAUUGUUUCCAUAUAGAAAAAAAACACACUGUAUUAAAAACAGUUUCAUGAAUAGCUAUAUGAUAUGCAAAUAUGCAUGAAAUGCCUUAAUAUUAUGGGCUGAAUGUGAAUAGGAUUGCUUCUGUAGUGUGUUUUUGUUUUUAGAAAAAAAAAUGACACUUUAAAAUUUCAGGGAACAAUUUCUCUCAGAAAUGUAUUUGUGAGUGUUGAAUUUGAUGGGAACUGGAUGAGAAUGUUGUAUGAAACCUGUGUUUUGUAAACAUCUCUUAUGCUGUUUUUUCCGUCUUGGAUUAUAAACUGUGUGUUUCAGGCGUCGGACUUUCCAUGAAGAGAAACCUCUGGGCUAUUGUUAUAAAAUUUCUGCACUGCAUGCAAUGAUUCAACAUGUAGCUGCUAUAAUUAAGAUUUUAAAGAGAAGUAUGCAACACUUUCCUGAACCUAUUAAAAAUUCCAAUCAUGAAAUAAA